AUGACCGUCAUCCCCGCCACGGACAGUGCUACGCACGCUGCCAUUGAGAUCCCCGGAUUGGGCAAGAUCACAGUGCCCAUUGGGCUUUUUAUCAAUAACGAAUGGGUCCUACCCACCAAGGGACAGACAUUCACCGUUGUCGACCCUUCUACCGCACUCCCAAUCGUCGACGUCGCGCAUGCUAUGGCCGAAGACGUUGACCGAGCCGUUCACGCCGCCCGCGCGGCGUUUGAGACAACCUGGGGGAACAACGUUAGCGGCGCUCACCGCGGCAACUUGCUCAACAAGCUUGCCGACCUAAUGGACCGCGACGUUGCCACGAUUGCAGCCCUCGAGUCGCUCGACGCUGGCAAGGGCAUUUCAGUCGCAACUAGCGGUGACGUCCCCGAGUCCGCCAACUGCCUCCGUUACUACGCGGGGAUGGCCGACAAAGUGCACGGCCAGACGAUUGACCAGUUUGGUGGCAAGAAGCUUGCGUAUACGCUCAACCAGCCCAUUGGUGUGUGCGGACAAAUCAUUCCCUGGAACUACCCUCUGAUGAUGUGGGCGUGGAAGGUUGCACCGGCGCUCGCGGCGGGAUGCACAGUUGUGAUGAAGCCUUCCGAGCUCACACCUCUGUCUGCACUCUACAUGUGUGACCUCAUCAAGGAAGCCGGGUUCCCAGCCGGUGUGGUCAACACGGUCCCAGGCCUUGGCUCGACUGCGGGCGAGGCCAUCUCGCGGCAUCUCGACAUCGACAAGGUCGCAUUCACUGGGUCUGUGGCCACGGGUCGUCGUAUCUCCGUCGCAGCGGCCGAGUCCAACCUCAAGAAGGUCACACUUGAGCUGGGCGGCAAGUCGCCUGCUCUGGUUUUCCCCUCUGCCGACCUCGACCAGGCGGCCAACUGGCUCGGUCUAGGCAUCUUUUACAACUCGGGCCAGGAUUGCUGUGCCUCCUCCAGGGUGUACGUUCACGACAGCGUUUACGACAAGUUUGUGAGCUUGCUCAAGCUCAAAGCCGAGACGUGCAAGGUCGGCCUACCUUCUGACGAGAACACGUCGUUUGGACCCCUCAUCUCGGCUGGUCAGCGUGACAAGGUUUUGUCCUACAUUGACUCUGCCCGGGAGGAAGGCGCCACCAUUACGGCCGGCGGCAAGCGAUGGGCUCAGGCCGAAGGGUUCUUUGUUGAGCCGACCGUCCUCACAGACGUCAACCAGAACAUGAAGGUAGUGCGUGAAGAGAUUUUCGGGCCAGUGGUCGCUGUGGGAAAGUUCUCGACCGAGGAGGAGGGAGUGCAUCUCGCCAAUGACACGCCCUACGGUCUCGCCGGUGCUGUCUUUUCGUCAGACGCCAGCCAGGUAACCCGUGUGGCAGCCAAGAUCAAUGCCGGCACCAUCUGGAUCAACAACUACUGCGCGCUCAGCAAUGGUGUACCAUUCGGCGGCUUCAAGCAGUCAGGCAUCGGACGCGAGCUUGGAACGGCAGGCAUCGAAGCGUAUACCCAGAUUAAGGGUGUGCACCAUAACCUUACCGAGGUGAUGUCGUGGCCAUUCUGA